AAAUGAAACAUUAAGGAAUGUCACUGUAAUUAGACAUAACCUUAGGGUAGGAUAAUGUAAUUUACUCAAAAAGAUCGACAGACAAAUGCGUUAAAGUGUUUAAAACAUAUUGAUAUAUCAUAAUUGUUUUUACGCCCCAACAAUUAGGAGAAAUUUAGUUUUAGUACCUAAACUUAAAACAUAUUGUUUUAUUUUCUCAAUUUUGGAAGCAAACACUUUACACAAGGGUUCGCAUUUCUUCAUUGUUUUGCUCUGGCGGGAAGAUUCGUUAGGGCUCAACAAACUCUGUGAAGCCGUCAAAAUUUCUCCCCGGAGAUAUGUCAAUCAGCGACGAAUUUCAAGCUGAUAUUGAAGCGUUACCGAAUAUAUUGCAGAGGAAGUAUGCACUAUUGCGCGAUUUGGAUAAAAGUUUACAAGAAAUCCAACGGCAAAAUGAACAGCGUUGCGAGCAAGAAAUAGAUGAUAUGAAGCGUGGUAUAAAGUCUGGUAGCAUUACCCCUAAUUCUUCUCUCCUCAAAUUUUCUGAUGAUGCUCUAGACGAACAAAAACACGCCAUCAGAAUCGCUGACGAGAAAGUUGCAUUGGCUGUUCAAGUUUAUGAUUUGGUAGACACUCAUAUUCAACAGCUUGAUCAGUGUUUGAAGAAAUUUGAUGAAGAUCUUCGACGCGAAAGAGAAGCAAUUGCUACAGCAGGAUCUCCUCCCGCUCCCGAAAACAGCAACGUGAAAUCUGGAAAGUCCGGUGAAACUAGUAACCGAGGCCGUAAAAAGACACGUCUUGCAACAGCAACUGCCGCCGCAUCUGCCUCAGCCUCUGCAAGUGCUGCCGCCACAGCAAAUUCGAGCAGUAUGGAAUUAGAUAUACCUGUGGACCCCAACGAGCCUACGUAUUGCUUCUGUAACCAAGUCAGUUAUGGCGAAAUGGUUGCAUGCGAUAAUCCCGAUUGCAAGAUAGAGUGGUUCCACUAUGGCUGCGUUGGACUAAAAGAACAGCCGAAAGGAAAAUGGUACUGCUCGGAUUGUGUUGGAACUCAAAGGCGUAGAAAAACGAGAUAACGAAUUUCCAACUUUAUUUUAUAGGUUGCUAAUAUUUUUGACUUUUUUCAUUCCGUUUUUUUUUUUUUCGUUCGGGAUUUUCAUCGAGAAUCGGGGCUGCCCUAUGUAAGUAAUAUGGAGAAGAUCACUUCUCUGACCUAGAAAACUAGAUGUACUAGAAGCAAUUGUAUUUGAAUGUCUUUAUUAUUUCAAUAAGUGUUCACAACUCUUUUGUCA